AUGCAUCUCCUCAAUCAACCUCGCCGGCGACACAAAAAGUCUCGCCACGGCUGCUCCGAGUGCAAAAGACGCCAUGUGAAAUGUGAUGAACAACACCCAUCAUGCAGUCUCUGCACUAGCCGCAAGUGGCCUUGCACGUACCCCACUCAAGCACCCUCUAAGACGCCGGCGAAGAGAAAAGCAACGUCAUCUUUCCCAUCAAUAGAUGUACCGCCAGCAAAUUCUUCACACGGAAGGGAGCUGUGUGGAUUGCAAGAAACAACAAGAACAUUACCGAAUCCCGGCGUCGAAGUAUCCCGCGUCUCCAGAAUGCAAGAAAUGCGCCUCUUCCACCAUGCAAGCGUGAUCACCGCUCCCACACUUGCCAAAGACCACACAGGCCUCCAUUUCUGGCAAAUAACGCUGCCCGAAUUCGCCGUCGCCAAUGAGUACGUCAUGGACGGCGUGCUAGCCGUCGCAGCGCUGCACCUCGCGCACCUGGAACCGGAAAACAAAUCCUACUGGCUCGAAGCCGUCUUCUCAUAUCAGAAUCGAGCGAUUACCGGAUUACGGGAGAACCUAGCCAUUGCCGUCGACGAUCCGAGCGCGAAUCCGGACUCGAAUAAAGAGAUCCAGCUUGCGUGCUCGAUUCUCAUCAUCGUACUGAUCACAGCACAUCCGGGGAUUGCGCAGAGCGGGGAGGUAGGAGAUCCGCUGCAGGAGAUUCUGAUGAUUAGAUCUAUUCUCAAGGGAAGUGCGGUAUUAUUAUAUCAGAUUUACCUUGCAAAGGGUAUCAAGAUCGAGCCGUGGAUUCAUCGGGAUCGGUCGAAGAAUCAUUCGACAGUCUCGUAUAGAAGAGCCCGAGAUGGUCGAGCUGCAUCAUUCCACGAAGUGGGCCAACUAAUCGAACAAACGUACGGACUGCGCCGGGUGGCCUACCAAGGCGCGUACAAUCUCCUGAUGAGCGCAUUCAACAAGUGGCCUGGAGAGAACGAGAACGUGAUCUGGCCGGUGCGGAUCAGCGAGUCCUUUAUAGCCCUGGUCGAGGAAGGCGACUGGAUCGCCCGCAUACUAUUACUAUUCCAGGGAUUGGGUCUGCAUCUAUUCUCGAGGAAAUGGUACGCGCUAGAUGCGGGGCGGAGGAUAGUGAGGGGUGUUCUGAAUCCGCUGGGGGAUGAUAUCCCACCUGAAUGGGUCGAGAUGGUGGAUUGGAUUAGGGAGGCCGUGAAGGUUUGA